AUGGCCGCUAAACGCCAGUACGACAUCAUCCUGCUGGGAGCCACAGGCUACACCGGCAAGUUGACCGCCGAAUACAUCACUACCAACCUUCCCACCAGCAUCAAAUGGGCGGUCGCUGGACGAAACCAAUCGAAAUUGUCCGCCCUGGUCAACGAGCUGAAGUCGCUGAAUUCUACACGUAGUACUCCCGACAUCAUCACGGUCGCCAACCUCACAACCCCUGACUUGACCCCUGUCGUCAAGAAGACCAAAGUCCUGCUCAACACUGUCGGACCAUACCACCUGUACUCUACACCGGUUGUCGAGGCAUGCGCGCAACAAGGAACUCACUAUCUCGAUGUCACCGGCGAAACGCCCUGGGUCCGCGACAUGAUCGUCAAGUAUGAAGAAACCGCCAAGAAGACUGGAGCGAUCAUCAUCCCCGAGGUGGGCGUCGAGUCAGCGCCUUCCGACCUUGUCGCCUACAUCGCCACCCGCCUCAUCCGCAAGGUCUGGGACUGCGGCGUUAUGGACGUCGUCGCCUCGGUGCACGAGCUCAAGUCCUCGGGCCCUAGCGGCGGCACUCUAGCAACAGGCCUGGGCUUGGCGGACAACUACUCGGCCAAGCAGAUGAAGGAAUGCCUGACCAACCCGUUCGUGCUCUCGCCCACUCGCAUCCGUCCUUAUACCGAGAACACCAUCUAUCCACCAAACCCGGAGCCAAACACGUACCACCGCACGGGCAUGCAGAAGUUGACCGGAGUCUGGAAGUACCCACGGCUGGGCCACCUCGCGACUUCCAUCACCGCUAAGCCCAACGAAGCCAUCGUCCACCGCUCGGCAGGUCUGACCCCGUACUUCUACGGCUUCAACUUCAGUUAUGAGGAGUAUAUGGCGGUUGGUUCUCCCGUGGUGGGAUUCCUGAUCCACAUUGCCAUCUCAUUGCUCGCUCUCCUCCUGGCCUUCCCACCGACGCGAGCGCUCAUCAAAGCCUUCUCCAAACACUCGCCCGGCAGCGGCCCGUCCAAGGAGUCGACCAAGGGCGAUGUUUUCGAGCUGCGCGCCGUGGCUGUGGCCGAGCAGCUCGCCAAACAGCCCCGCAAGGCGCUCGCCACGUUCCGUUGGGAAGGCGGCAUCUAUCACCUUACUGCAGUGCUAUUGGCCGAGGCGGCGAUGGUGGUUCUGACAAAGGAAGAAAAGGUCAAGAAGGACCACGGUGCAGGCAUCUUGACACCCAGUUGCUUGGGAGACGAUUACGUGGACAGGCUGGGCGAUGCGGGUAUCAAGAUCAACGUGAAGCAGAUUGGGGACGAGGGCAGCAAGUAA